CGGGUAGCCAUGGUGAUAGACGGAGCAGCGGUGCUGCGGGUUUGGGCGUCGCUCGACCAGUCGCAUCUCCGGCACGGGGCAAGGCGGUGAGCGGCGGUGCCUCCUCGCUGCUCCGCUCCGGCACUCGAGCGAAGCGGCCCGGGAAGAGAAACACCCCCAAACCACCAUCCCCCCCCAUCCCCCCAGCGAGAGGGCUGCUGCGUCGUCUGCUCGGCGAGAGAGGAAGAGAGAGUGUGAGAGAGAGAAGGGGAGAAGCGGAGAGAGGAGCGUAAGGACGGCAAGAGCGCAGGAGGAGGAGGAGAGCGCACGGGCAGCAUCAGCAGCAGCAUCAGCAGCAGCAUCAGCAGCAGCAUCAGCAGCCUGUGGCGAGCGAGUGCGCGCUGCUCGAGGAUUCAAGAGCUGUCACCCUCGUUCGUCAGCGGGCACAUUUUCCUGCCUCAAGGGAGAAAGUCAUCGGUGCAGUGUUCACGCCACAGCGUGCGCGUGAAUAAAUAGCGGCAGACACAGAGAUAAUAAAAAAGAGACGUCGGGAGGGAUUACCGCUCCACUGCCUGCAACACCAUGAGCGGGAACGGCCAACAGGGCCCGGACGCCCCACCCUCCUUCGCCACGUACGCACAGGAGGAUGACGAUUGCGACUCCUCUGAUGCCGAGCCCUCAUCACAGAAAACGACGGAUGCAGCAAAGGAGUGCGCCGCUUCCAGCAGGCAGCCGGCACCUGUCGUCCUUGACGACUGGGAGCUUCCAAGCCCCUCCGAGUACGAAAGCCUCCCGGCCAUUCCGCAGCAGGGACCGGGGGCCUCCAGGGAUGCUUCAGAGACCAAAGAGAAAGGCGGCGGCGGCGGCGGCGGCAGCUUCGGUGCGACUGAGCUAGCGGCGAGCCAAAGCGGCGGUGGGGCAGACGUGGCUUCACUUCGCUCGGACUCCAAGGCGGACUCCAGGGCACCGGCUGGGGGCUUCACAAACCAACUCUCAUUCUCCGAUGACAAACCGAGUCCCGUGACGCACAAAGAGAACAAAUUUGACGUUGACAAGCCAGAUGAAAACAAGGAAGCAUCUGAAAAGCCCGUGAUAAAGACUCACUGUUUCCCGUGUGGAGAUGGCGACGAGGUCGCACACCUCGCUCACGACAACAUUCAGGGUCCAGAAUUUCGACGGGAUGAGCCUGUGCCAUGUGACGCAGCCAGCACAGCAGCGCUGCCAAAUGAAACUGACGGUGCUCAAUUAAGCAAACCCGCCGCGCCAAAUACCGAAUCGUCCGGCAGUGCGGCUGAAAACGGCAAACGGCCCCAAACCGGCAAAGAAAGCCCCGAACCUCACGAGGAGACUAUAGCGGGAUUUACAGAGCCUCAAGAAUCAGACGGAGGCUCCUCUGCUGAGGCUCCGCAUCAGGAGGGUUCAAGUGGGCUAUUAACCUUGAAGACGAAACAGGUGACAUUCAGCGAGGAAGUUUUGGUUGAAGAGAAGUUCGAUGAACCUGGAAAUGGCGAGAACGUUUUGAGCGUCGUGAACUUCAGUGCAAUGCCUGCAGACGCGGAUGAGACCUGCGCCUUCAGAUCGUACGAGGCCUCCAACAAGAAGGCAUCAAUGCUGCGAUCCUACACGCUGCCCAACACGUACACGUUCGAUUACAGGGGGGAAGACGACAACGACAUUCUGGACGCGGCCUCGCAGAGUAAGACCCUGAAAAGUGAAAACCAAAAACUGGAGCGGAAGCUUUCAGAACAGUGCUUGGGACAGAAAUCCGACAGUGCUUGCAUGUUUACAGAGCAGGUGGUGGCUGGUGAUUUGUCAUCCAAACAGCCCGAGGUUUUGGAAAUGGAACAUAAUCUACAGGAGGCAGAUAAAGAAACAAAGCAACAAAACGAUGCCCUCAAUAUCCAUGCAGGCAACGUGGGUGUGGAUGAGUCAAGUUUCACCAGCAUUGUUAAUUUGCGAGCUAUUCCUGAAGGGAGAGAGGCGGCUGAUUUUCAGACCGAUAAACCUCUGCCCAUAGAUGCGGGUUCUGCUCAAGACCAAAGCUUGGGCUUCACAGCAACAUCGUUAAACCAUCACUCUGAAAAGCCUACUCCGCAAAGAGAUAUAAUAUCCACAGAUUUUCUACCGAUUGAACAGAAAGCAUCCAAAAUAGUGCUACAGGGAAGCAGUUCUCAAAAGGUGAAAUCGAGUCAAGGAGGAGAGAGCCAGGGUGCCAUCAAAGGUGACAGCCUCGCAGAAGAAAUAAAAAUGCCCGAGGUGCAAACGGAGCAACCGUCCUUUCCAAAAGUGGAAUGUGAAGCCAAAUUUGGUGAUAAGAGGAGUAACGACGCACACGUGCUGCAGGCGGAUGGUGACAAAACCUCUAUAGAGAAAUUGGAAGAUGAAGAAAAAUCUAUUGAGGCGUCGGAAUGCAAAGAUAUUAUGAAGGACGACAAGAAUGGAAGCGCGAUUCCGGAGUUGAAAUGUGCAGAUGCAUCACGAGCGGAGAGCGAAAGCGACGCUUUGAGUGCCGGUCAUACAAAAGAGCCCACACAACAAGGUCACGUCGAAGAACCUCGGCCCGGAAAACACGCCCCGGGUGACGCUGAGUCCACACCAGUGGAGCACGCAACAACCUGCUCCAGUUCAAAUGGGAAAGACGCGGUCGCUAUUGGACCGGACACCUCCAAAACCGACGUAGCCAGCAUGUUGGAACCCCACGCGCAGUCCACGCCACUAUCGGCGCCACUGCAGUCGGAGCUCGAUUUCUACGCCAUGAAAGCAAUCGACAGCGAGUCGGACGCCAGCUCUGACGACGAAUUGCAGUGCAAUGUCGUGGACCAGUUUGGAAAGCCGACGUCGGGGGACUUUCUCACAGCUGGAGGGGCCGGGGAAGAUGGCCAGAAGUCAGCCGGCCAUCACGGACACUCGAGGCUCUCGCCGUUGGAGACAGCUAUCUUGUCUGAGUUUCAGGAGGACAAUAGCGACGAGGAACAGUACUUCCCAUCCGAAAAGGCGUCUGCGGCAAGCGCUCGGCAAGAGUUCCCUCCGGAGCACGCCAGGCAGGAGGAACGGAAGGAGAGUGACUUCAGCAGCUUUCGCUUUCACUGCAUCGACCCGCAGGAUGAAUCUGCGUACUACGAGUAUCCCCCCGAUGCGAAGGGGCACGGACACGACGUGGAGUAUAUGGAGCUGAACACGGCUGGUAAAGAGGCCCUCCUUGCUUAUUCGAAACAAUCGGCAGAAACGAAACUGCUGGACCAAGCAUCAGGAGGCACCCCAGAAAUAGAUAUCACGCAACACAUGCAUCCAGAAGAGGAGGAAGAGGAGGAAGAGGAGGAGGAGGAGGAAGAAGAAGAAGAGGGUUUGGUUCCAAGGUCUGACACAGAGGACACCUCCGCAGAAAUGAAGCGUGUUGAAGCAGAUCCGUACAAGCCGGAUUCUCUGUCGGUGGACAAAGACAAGGAUUUUAUUUUCAGUUCUCCUCUAAUGAAGUCCGACCUCCCCGUGCUGAGCGCGCGGGAGUCUGAAUACCACCCGGCCGGUGUUCUGUUCGAGAACGUGACCCCAACGCGGUCACUCUCCGGUGCAGACAAGCGUCUUGGAGGAAUAAAAUACUCGCUGAGCGUGGACGUGAGCAGCGUGCUGCGCCACAAUGACGGCAGCGACGAUGAGAGCGACAAGGGUCACCACCACCACCACGCUCGCGUGGCGUACGAGAGAGAACUGCCGGGCCUCAGCGAGCAGGAAAAGAGCCCCGAUUCUGAGAUCGCGCCACUCAAAUUUGCCGAGGAGCAGCUGUGUCCAGCGCACGUUCCGAGAAUAUCAACAACGCCGCCGCCCCACGACGACGAAUACACCCAGGACACCCUGGGCGAGGGAGCUGCGGCUCAAAAGGACGCAGCGUUCACUGAUUAUAUUCAUUCAGAAAGUUUCAGUCCUAAAAAGAGCAUACCACACGCUGAGUGUUUGCCUCCAGCAAGGGAGGAAUCUCAACCGGAUGAAUCGAUCAAAACAGACACAGCGGCAAACGCCGAGCAGAAGGAAGAUGCCAAGCACGCCACAACCACUGACGUUCAAUUAAAGCAAUCUGCCGACUCGGGCUCCGAAGGCGUCGCUGAGACACAACGCCAGGCGGAAGACGGCAAAGGCCUCUCCGAGUCGCAGGUGGAAGUGUUUGUUAACGAGGGUGCCGAGGGACAACAGCGAGAUUCGAAACAACAAAUCAAAGACAAGGAGAUGGAGACAGCGGAGGAGCAGCUGGCGAGGGCAGAGGCACGGCACGGCGCUGAGCAGGAUGCCAAGCCCACGAAGCCACAUUCAACAGCGAGCGGCUUCAAAGAGCCAAUUGUGCACCAGGAGGCCAUCGACGAAUCGGGGGACACGGUGGACACCGACACCCCCCUGAAAAGUCCCAAGUCCUUGCCCGCCGAAGAUAAAGCUCACGUCCAGACGGAGACUCCGCCAGCGGAGACACAACCAGCGGCUCCGGCAGGGGUCGAGGAGGCUCCGGCUUGGGGAAUGGAGGCGGUUGCCAGCCACGAGGUGCAAGCGAGGCGACCCACAGAGGAAGAGGAGAGCAUUCAGCCCGAGAAGGUUCUUCAGGCAGAGGAACGGCACAUCGUCGGGGAGGAAGACGCAGCCCACGCUGCGGCACAACAAUCGGAGGGCGACAGGAAGCCACCCGUAGAGGCAGAGCAACCUGGUGACGUCGAGAAGCAGGCCGCAGCUGAAGACGCCCAUUUGGAGAGCCCCUUAGCUGCCAGUGAGAGCAAAGCGGCCGCAAUGAGCGACCUUGACAGUAGCACGUGCACACCAGAUGUUGGGAGCACGGUAGACGUGGAUAGAAAGUUAGACACCGUGUGCGAACCUGAGGAAGCGGUGGAGGUAGAUGUUGAACACAAGCCUGACGAGACAAAUGUAAAAGUUGAAAGCAAGCCGCAAGAGGAGAGCCAGCCAGAUGCUGUGACAAAGACAGACGCAAAGGACGUUCCAGUUAUUGAGAGCAGCUUAGAGGGCAGCGGGCUAGAUAUGGAGAGCAAAGGAGAAGAGAAGAGCACUCCGGAUACUGAGAGCAAACUUGAAGGGACGAGCGUUGCCCACAUUGACAGUGAACUGGACCAGAAGAGCAUUCCGGAUGUUGAGAUCAAGCUUGAAGAGAAGAGUCUUCCAGAUGUUGAGACCAGGUUAGAAGAGAAGCACAUUGCAGAUACUGGCAGCAUGCCUGAAGAGAAGAGCACUGCGGAUAUUGAGAACACGCCAGGAGGAAAUACAAUUCCCGAGGAUAAGCCAGAAGCGAAGGGUGAUCCGCAUAAUGGGGACAAAACAGAAGGUGAUACUAAACCAGAUGGUGAUGAAAAGCCAGAAGAACAGAGCCAGCCUGAGGCUGAGAGCAGAGCAGACAUCGAGAGCAGAGCUGACGUGGAGGGGGGAGAAGGAGAAGAGGAGAUGAGCGAAGUGAGUAAGGAAUGCGUCCCAGAGAGCGAGUUAAAGCUGGAAGAAGAGAGCAGCAAGAUGGUGGAGGAGGAGCCGGAGGAGGAGGAGGAAGGGGAGAGCCUCGCGGAUGUGGAGAUUAUCGUGGAGAGGAGAGACAGUGACCAGGUGGGGAAGCGGUCCCUUCCCAGCUCUCCAGAGAAGAAGUCUCCCAAGAAAGAUGCAACGAAGCGCAGAAAAGUGGGUAAGAAGGGAGACCUGACCAAGCGCGCCGAGCUCCGCUCCCCCGUGAGAGCCAGCCGAGCCACGGAGAGGCCCCAGCGAGCCUCCCCGCACGCCACCGGCAAGAAGCGACAGAAAGCUCCUCCAAAAGCGGACGCAGCAGGAGUGGAGUUGCCUGCUGCAGGACAGCAGACAUUCAGCCCGAGUGCCAAGGCCAAGGCGACAGAGGCCGCCAGGACCGCAGCUCCCAAACCCAAGGCGCGCUCGGUGACAUCGUCCGUGUCCCCUGCCAAGACCACGACGGCGACGACGGCGACGACGGCGACGACGGCGACGACGGCGAGCAGGCCGACCAGGCCUGCCAGGCCCUCCGCCGCUGCCAAGACCGCGUCGCCGAGCGGCGGCGGCGGCACCAGGACCCAGACGGCGAGGGCCGGCGCGGCCUCCUCCUAUUCCUCACCGCGGCCCUUCAGGGCGUCCAUCCCCACGUCCGUGAGCGCGCCGCGGCUGUCCACGGUGGCGGCGAGCGCUCCGUCGCGUCCCACCAACGGCUCCCAGGGCAAGCCCGGAGGGGGCAAGAAGAGCGGCUGCACGACGCCCGGCACGGGCCCCCCGACGCCCCCCACUCCGCAUGCCCAGCGCGGAGGCAGCACCACCCCCGGGGAGAGGAAGAAGGGGCCCCGCUCGCCGCGCUCCCCCACGGGCCUCGUGGCCCCCUCCAACCUCAAGGCCCUGCGCUCCAAAGUGGGCUCCAGCGACAACCUCAAGAUGUCCGCCGGGGCGAGCAAGGUCUUCAGCAAGAAGCUGGACUUCAGUCACGUGCAGUCCAAGUGUGGCUCCAUGGCCAACAUCAAACACGUGCCAGGAGGAGGGCGCGUGCAGAUCGUGACCAAGAAGAUCGAUCUGAGCCACGUGACGGCGAAGUGUGGCUCCAAGCACAACAUCCACCACAAGCCAGGAGGAGGGAACGUGACCAUUCCCAGCCACAGGGACAAGAGCAAGGGAGCCUCGCUGGAGAACGUCCUGGGCGAGGUGGGGAGCAAGACCGACUCGCCGCCGAAGGACACGAGCGAGGCCCGGGCGGAGAGCCGCUCGCGCUCCCCCAGCGCGUCCGGAGGGCCCUCCCCGCUGCGCAUCAGCAAAGUGUGCUCCAUGGGCAGCCUCUCGCAACCGGACGGCCUCGCGCAGUCCGAGCCGCCGGCCAGCCAGCUCGCCGCAGUGCUGGUCCAGCAGGGCUUGUAAGGGGCCCAGCCCCUCGUGCCCCCCACCCUCCACCCCCCCUUCCCCCCACGUAUCACGGGCCAGAUUUUCUGCGAUCGGCGUAAUGGUGAACAGAAACGUUACAAAGUGCAUUUUGCUGAUGAAAGCAUGUAGUCGCGUGGUACUCGUGUGGUGUGAUCGUAGGCCUUAAGUAACCUCGCAUUUCCUUUCUUUUGUGGCUUUUAAAGGAGUGCGAUGCGGCGCCGGUCCUGUCGCAGGUUUGAGAUGUACCCAGCCGCUGCUCAUAGCUGUGCAUUGACGCAGCUUUGAUAUUUGCUGACACAGAGCGCAAGUGUGCGAAAACGACGAGAGGCUGCCACACACCGCUUAAUGCACGCACAGCAUGCAUUCAACGUAGCGCCGCAAAUGUCGCGCGCCCCAUGAUGUAGACAUACCGCAUGAACUUAACACCGCAAUCUCGCUACAAACGCAGAGCCACGCGGCAUCUGUUCACCAUUUUGUGAUCGUUCACAAUGGGGCUCCUCGUGCAGAAGAUCGGAUAUUAUAUGAGCAUGCAAUUCAUGAGGUCUAUAAGAUCGUGCAUAGCAUUGUGACCGAAAAACGUUCUGACGGACUUUGUGGUCAGCAGAAAGCAUUUCCUAUGAAAUGCAUCCAACGUGAUUUCCAAUUUAGGCAAGUCAUAUUAUUCUUAUUAACGUAUUAUAUAAGUAUACCCCUCUGUAAAUGGCUCUAGCUUAAAGUGGCUUGCCCCAACGUCUGCCACUGCGCAGAUAAAAUAUGUUAGAACAUUCUCAUCCACGACUUUUAACCCUUCCACCAGCAGACGGAUUUGCAUUUUUUUCAUCCAUUUGCAUCGUCCAAUGCUACGUUUCCGGGAGCGCGCUUGCACUAGGGAUGGGACAGGAUUAUGACGACACAGCCAAUGUGCUUUGGCUCAGCAAGAGGCUGCCCUUGCUUACGCAAUGGAUAUGCUUUUCUUUAAUGUGACAUUACUUUUGCCAAAAAAAUAUGAAGCUAUAUUUAACAGUGACUAAAACACAACAGACUCUGCUGGUUUUACUCAGCAAGUAACCACAGCAGGACGAUGUUAUAUGCUACUGAACAGCUGGUCCUUAGCAGUUUGCAAAGCCAAGGUUGGUUUUCACUCGAGUCGAUGUGGCUUCACCUUUCUCAAUUUCCCUUUACGGGCGAAACCCAAAAGCUAUCCCGCACAGUGAAACUAAAGUUACGCAUUUUGACCAUCUCUGGUUUUAAGCAGGCUGGAAAACCUUGUGUUGGUUCAGUCUACUAACCAAUCAUAAGUGAUGCCAAAUGCAAAAUGGAAUUGGUCACACUUGCACCAGCAGCUUUGCAAGUGAAAUUAUGUUUUGUUCUGUUUGGAGUCUUCCGCUCUUUGUGCAAAUGAAAGGACAUGCGAUUUGGAUUGUUCCACCUUGUGCUGAUGCUGGCGAUUCCAUCUAGAGUGUACGCAUUUGACCACGUGACAAAGAGAGUGAGAAAGGAUUCAAACAAGCCAAGCUAAUGCAGGCUUUCUAAACAGUAGAUGGAGUUUUGAUGAUAAACACAAGACACUGCUCAGCUCAACCAUAAGGUGACAAGAUACACAGCGGAAAUUCCAGUAUUCCGAAAUCCAGUAAUCCGGAAUAUGGGGGGAGGGGUCAUAUCACGGAUCCUGUAAGCCGUGGCACGCCGCAGCGGUAGGUUUUGUUAUCCACGGAAACAAGUCGUGCCAGUACGACGUGCCACAGGUUAUGGGAGCAAUUGGCGACACGAUUCAAUCAAUCUGCAAAAAUAUUUGUACUACAAGAAAACGGGUUUUCCGAGAUCCAUAUGGCACAAAUCUUCCAUAUGGGUCUGCGUUGGGGUAGAUUUGUAUUUUAAAGACUCGAUAUCCAAGUCUAAUAAAUUAUAAUUCUGUUAUAUGAAACAAAUCACGUGAACAAAGCUAGUUUGUAGUGAUGUAAAACAAACAUUUCUAAAUUAAAAAUCUUACCUCCGCGUGUCCCAGCCGAUUGGCUCCUGCAGCUCCACAUUGGCACACAACAAAGAAUCCGCGAGCUACAGGCCUUCGCAGAAUAUUGGAUCGCGGAUUAUUAAAGUUGUGCUGUAGCAUAAAGUGGUAAAUGUUUUGGAGCAAUCCUUAACCAUUUAUAAGCUGUGUCUAUUGUUAGGGAUGCAGACCAUUUGGCCCUCUGAUAAACUGUAAUGCGUUUCAGAUUCCACGUCUUUUUUUGUUAUUGCAAUGAGCUAAACAUGAAUACAAACAAAAAUACAGUAAGUAAUGUUAAUAGAUGUGAAACUAGUUUUAACAUUAAAAUAUCUGUAUAUGUAUCGAUGAAAUCUCUAUGAAAAGUCUAAAAUGUAGACACUUUAUUUAGUUGCCACGAAAAUACCCAAUGCUGAAACAUCAAGAAAUAAGUAUAGAAUAUGUAAUGGCUUCUUGCAGUUGUGGAGAAGUUUUUGAACAUAAUAUUGAUUACACAAUGCACGAUGCGAUGCCAAUGUCACCCUCAAUGCCGUGCUCAUUAUCUUAAUUGCCGGAGGAAGCCGCAGUAGUGCUGCUGCACUACUGCGGCACAUUGGCUUCUGUACUCGUGUGGAACUGGAAGGCUUGCUGCUGUUGGGUGUGCCGUGCUUUUUAAAUGUAGCGAGUCCACAGUCUGUCCACAAAGCGUGCCGAAUACUUUGGCUGAAAUAAGCGUGGGUAAAUCAUCUCCAAGUGACCACUGGUCUAUAAAGUAGCAUUGCCAAAAAAGUUCACCAUAAGCAAUUACACGGUAAAAAAUCAAACUUUGCGCCAACGUUGCGCCAACGUUGGCUUGUGGUUAGAACCAUUUGUCCAACGUUUGGCCGACGGUUCCACGUCUACUGGGCACGCCCUCUACCCAAGUGGAUUCAACGCUGUGCGUCCACUCAGCACCCUGGCGGUGUCACCGCACUCCGCAGCAGCAGCAUCUGCGGCCUCCUUGGAUUGAUUGAAGAAGAACAAAAGUCGCAUUCAACUAUAUAACACGUUUCAAAACAAUUUCUCUCCCCCCCUCGCCAUACGCAAGAAGACACACAAACGUUUGAGGAAACUCCGCACGCUCGAUCGUGGCACAUGACUGGAGUGUGAAAUUGAAACAUAUUUGCUGUCCGCCAGCAGCAUGUGUCAAUUAAGCAUCGCCGAUGAGCACGGUUGGCUGCGUACGGUGUGAAAGAAGUCCAACACACACACACGUCCACCACCAUGCCGUUAUAUAGAGGACAUGUCCAGUCAGUCGCCUACUUUAUUGUAAAAGUGGAACAUUCACAUAUUUUUGUUGCGUUUAUCAGGAUUUAAAGCAAGUAAAGCAAGCACCAGACUUUUUCAGGGUUUGAGGAAUUGAGUUGUCCAUGUGAUAUAUUUAUAUAUAUAUACACACAUAUAUAUAAAUAUCACACCUGCAUGUGAUUGGCUGCAUGCCACCUCUAUUCAGGCCGAUGGAAUUAUCUUCUGUGACUGAAAAAGUUUGGAUUCAUUCCACGCGUUCAACCCGUUCCACGACACCUGGCGUAAGACAAGUCAAUCCGUCAUGCAAACGAGCGCUAACACUUUAUGUUAAAUGAAAAAAAAGCAAAGUGCCACCUACUAUUGAAAUUGAUUGAAUUAUUUAUUUUAAAACCCGGUGUCUGGAAAUAACUUUGAAUUUGCUAUGCAAAUGCAUGAUUGGUUUCCAGUACUGUAAUUAUAUCCUUAUCCAAGUAGCUUCUAAAAUAGUAACUGACUAACCUGAUUACAAAUAUAAUUUCUGGUUACUAUGUAAUUGCUUAAUGUCUGCGAUUUAUUUUUCUAAAUCCCUUAUCCCUACAAAAUUGUCUUGGUACCAUUACACUUCUAGUUAGUGAGUAUUGCAACAAAAGCACGAUUGUUUUAUCGCAAACAAAAACGUCUCAUGCGCGACAAUUAUGAGGCGCACUCGGAAACGUUACCCAUAAACACUUUUGUUGAGCGCACUGCCAAAGCAAAAGACAAAUCCCAUCAGCAUUCGUUUUUAUCUCUUUACGGAAAUUGUAAUAUUUGCAUUGCAGCAAAAAAAGCUGGUUAAAGGUCAGAGUGAGUGUUUGCCGACGACUUUCUGAGGCGUUUGCGAGGAAAUGGGCACAAUACAAUGCCCCAUUGCGGCAAGUCUUCUUGAGGCCAUCAAGACGUGAGUGAUUUGACAUUAGCUGGCUCGGCUCACCGAGGGGUGUCUUUAAGUUACCAGGAACAUUCGUUGUGAACAAAAAUGACUCCCCCCUGACAGGAUCACAAGCUAUGGGCUUUCCUGGUGCCACGUGAUGGCUCUGUUGGAUGCUGCAGUUGAUCAGCGAUCGAGUGUACGCACUGCCAAGUCCUGUUUCCAGACUAUUCUAAGGCACCGAUAUGUUACGACGACUUAAUUUAUACUUAUAUUUGCGUUAGGUUUCUUAGGCACGUACAGCAUUCAAGGUGAAGAGGGCUGAAAUGAUCCAGUCCAGGUUGCAACCCACGAACUGGUGUGAUCAGUGCAGGUGAAUGUAGAUUAUAGUUUUUUAAUGCGAGAGAAAAACACAACAACACUGUGACAUAUGCAAACGUGAGACCAGAUCAAAUCAAUUAUCUGACCUAGUUUGCUUAUUAUGCUUAAGGUUGUUUGUAAACGGAUACUACACGAUUUAAUACAUGUUAAUUUAACUUUAAAUGAAGUGUUGCCCAGCAAGCUGUGGUGAGCAUAUAUAAAAAUACUUCUGCCUGUUUAGCUCCUCAAGGAAUAUUCUGCUGUUGUUACCCAGCUCAACAAUGCACCUGGACCACCGCGUGUUUUGUUAAUACCCUAGGCUAUUGUAAGAUUUCUCUACGUUACUUGUAGUAGAUGAACGGAAUUACGAUAUUAUAUAUUGUGUUAUGAUAACUGUAUUAUUUAGCCGCUUAACAAACAAAAAAACUAAAACAAAAAAACAGCCUUUAACAUUCUAUUAAUUUAGAAGCGUACUAACACUACUUCUCUAUACUCCGAUAUGGUUAGACCAGUUAGAUAUUGAAUGAAUUUGCAUGUCUGUUUUGAGAUUUAAGUUUAAUGCUUACUAAACUUAGCACUUUAAUGGAUAUGCCUGGACGAGUAUAGCAGCAACAAGGGACAUACAGAGACAAUGAAAUGUGUGGAGACAGCCGUGAGCACAAGUGGAGUUGUGAAUCACGCACACAGCACUCGGCUUGGCUUGUGAUGUGCAGUCACGUACAGCUUUGGAUGGGCCAAGUGUCUUGUAAUUAAGGUCUGUUUGUUGCGAGUUUACUGAGUUGAACAUUUAUUGAAACAAAAGAGAGAGAGAGAGAGAUUUAAAAAAAACACAGGGUAAAGAACAUUCUGCAAAUGUCUCCGAACUGCUGUGCCAAAGUUUAGGUUAUCAGCAGAGGAUGAUGGUGCAGUUUGUACUUUUCAGGGCAAAAAUGCUGAAAGUGAAAGUGCGUGCAGCAGGCCUGGCCCAGGCACUGUGUGCUCGCUUCACGCGAGACGCAGGGAGGAGGACACCGGCUACGAUUUGACCCCCAGCGUGAGUUGUGGUAUUUGUCCGUCUGAAUUUGGUCGACGUGACACUAACCAGAUAAGAUGAUAUCAGUUAAACUGGUUUGGGGGAAAAAUACAGUGAAUAAGAAUAUGACGUUAUUUUUAGACAUCCAUUGGCUGACUACAAUGUAUAAAGGGUCCAGUGACGAUGGCUCGUGUUCUCCCGAUAGAGUGCAUGGCGUAGGGGUCGAACAGUGACGACGGAUGCUUGUUAUUAAGUGCGAUGUGUCAGGGUCCAGCAGCAGGUCUGCUGGGGUAAUUGGGUGGUGGUGGUGGGGGGGGGGCGAUUUUUCUGUUACAAGAAGAUAACACAAAAUAACACUGGUCGUUCUAUGAGCGUGCGUGUGUCACAAGGUGAAAUCACAGCACCAUUUAUCAAGGCCUUUUAGUUUGGAUAUGAAAACUCUCCCCCCACCACCACCACCACCACAAAACAGACCCCAGGUGCGGGAACAUUAAAUUGACUUAUUUCCAAGUCGUGAACAGAUUGUCAACUGGGUUUAAGUAGAUUGUUCGGAUAUGGAUGGAAAUUGGUUUACGAUAACAGAGGAAGUCCGGUGGAGCAACGGUGUAAAUAAGAAUGCCGCGUGAGUUUCUGCACAACAAGCAAGCUUACAUCGUCUCCAUUGCGUCCCCGCGGUGCUCGGGCUCGUUGAUAAUAAUUGUCGUUGCUUUAUAUUCUUGGUUCUUUCGGUAAAGUCACGUAGAAGGGAAAUAAUAAAAUUAUAUAAAUAUAAAACAAGAAAAAUUCUCACGACGUUUCGACUGCAACACAAGCAAUCAUCAUCAGGUGUGAAAUCCACAGCAAGAAAAUCCACAGCAAGAAAAUUUUCUUGCUGUAGAUUUCUACGUGGCUUUACCGAAAGAACCAAGAAUAUGAAUCCCUGCAGUCACGAAAGCUUUAAAUAAAAAAUUGUUGUUGCACCGUGAUAAUUAUUGCACCACACAGCGCUCAGUGUAUUCCCAGUUACACGCAACGCCACAUUCUUCAGCCGUGCAGGAGGAGUGCAUCCAAGUGGAACAGGCUACGGUGUAUACGACCUCAGAUGCAGCUGCGAUGGCGUGAUUUACCAUUCGCAGUGACCCCAACGGUAGCGUAAAGGUGCACCACCACCACCAUAUGCUGUUCCGCUCUUUAUCUCCGCUGGCAUUCUCGCGGAGACGCUGCAUUAUUCAGAGUAACAAUUCGGGUCAACCAAUUUCACCAUUUUUCAUCGGUCGCACUGGACAUGCCUAAUGGGGCUGUUCUAUUUAAAGCAUGAGCUCUUGCAGUUGAAAUGAGGCACCUUUGACAUAAUGCUGUCGUGCCCGUACCACAAGACUGGCCAUGGCAUUGACAAUUUUGCGUCCACAUCGCCGCCUCGGAUUGGGAACAGAUUGAGAAGAGCGUAACAUUCUUUUUGAGAGGCUUAUUUACCUCAGAUCUCAACCCGAUUCUCUCAUGCAGGAAUUUAAUUGGUAUAAUUAAUCAGCUGCUGCUGCUGCACAUUUAUUACACCUCCCUUAGUCUGCUGCAUUGCUACUUGUAGUACACUUAUAGUCAAAUAUACUGAUGUUUUCCAUUUUAAACCUCUACGAAAAAUGAAUGAGGUCCACUAUAAACUUCUACUUUUCUUUUUCUUGAUUUAUUUUUGCUUAUUUCCCCCGCUGCACUGUUGGGUAAAAAUGUGAAAUUUCCCCAGUGGAUUGUGUCUUCACUCAGAAUCAAGUUGCCCUGUUGCAGACUGUAAACAUAACUCUGAUGCAGGAUGCAUACUUAUUGCAGACUAGGCACCAACAGACACAGCUCCCUGGGAGAAAACUCGUGAAUUCGCGAUUGCAAACAAAAAACAACUUGCUCUGAUAAAGAAUGCUGACAAUCUGGUUACAUAACUGUGAGUGGCCAUUCACAUAUCUGGCCCAGAGUUUCAAAUGGAUGCUAUAUUGAAACCCCGGCUUUAUUGGCUGUAAUAACAAAAUAACUGCAGCAUAACAGAAGUUCAGAACGUGUUUGCACACAGAGGCAUCAUAUUGAUUUUAACGAUUCUAGGGAUGAUGCUUGUUCUGUUAACCCGUGCUGUCAUAGCUACACGUUUUAAAAACCAAUUCUUUCCACCAACAAUUUGGAUGGAAUGCUGAAUUUCCACAAUGAAGUCUUAACAUUAUUUGCAGCUUGCAUCACAGGUAAUAAAUGGCGGGGAGAACAGAGGGCCAUCGCCUCCGGUGGAGGCUUUUCCCUUUCAUUCCAUUCACGUCUCAUGCAAGCAGCCUUGUGGCGUCGCCUUCGUGGUAGCAACGUAAACAUUGCCUGGGUGGCCAUUGCCUGGUGGCCAUUGCCUGGGCACAAUCACGAGGACUGCCGUGGGCAUCCCCACUGGUCGAUGGAAGGAAAGGAAUUGAUCCAGCUACGGUGUCAGGAUUAACGCUCCUUUGCUCUUCGUGUCUCACUUGAUACUGUGGGCCAACUCGUGGCUCCACAAGCUCCUCCACCUGCGGGAACCCUUCACAGUUUCCAAUGCAGCCAUACGCGUCACUCAGCCCAUGCAGGCGAUUUUAGGAAACGCAUCGCUGUGAGGAAAAUCUGCUGAUUUAGACUCAAUCACUUAAUCUUUUCACACCGAAACCAAUGCUCACCGGAACAUAUAGCAACAGACAAUGUUACCUUGCUUGUUGUGCAUCUGCAGCAUUACUGUGACACCGGAUAAAGGUCAACACACGUGAAAUGUAUGCCUUUGAUUGGAUUGCAGAGAGCUCACACAACUUUGUUUGAAUAUGUGUUGCCAGUGAGUGUAAUUCACUGGCGUCACUGGGUUGGCUGAAUGUUUUGUUUGAUAAUGGCAGAGUGCAUUGUUUCACAAAACUGCCAUAUGGUGUACUUAUCUCAAACGUGAUCAUAAAAACGAUUGCAUACUGUUAUAAAUUGGUUGAUGCUUUCUCUUAUGGGAAGUUAAACGCCACGCUUGACGUGUUCUGUUUUUUUAACACAUGGCAUCGCAGUCGACUUGUGAGUCAGUUCAACAUUCGUGGGCAGCCUCGAUGGGAGUUCUCGAAGACGAGCCCACGUGCUCUCUCCUCUGGUCGGCAGUGUAACAGAUCUCGGGGGAGACAGGCGACAACGCGGAUGGACGAUGUGGUUGCUGUGCUUUGCAUUUGGGUUGUGGUUGUGCUGGCUCUUGCGCAACGUGAUUCGACGUUUUGUUUCUGUCGUAUGUAGUAGUGGCUCCGUGAUUUCCAGUAACGUGUUUGCCGUUUCAGUUUUCGUGUAUCUACUGUAGCUGCUCAAUUUAGCCCAAGCAUCAAAUAAACAGGUUAUUCUUA